AUGGACGAGCGUUGGUGUGAUGAGGGGGAAGAGGAGGAGGACGGCGAUCUCAGUGACCUCCUCAGGGACUGUGACCUGCGACAGGGACAUCGUUUAAUUAUCGGUGAUGUUGAGGGUAUCUGGUGUCGUACGGUAUACUGGUGUACGUGCCCCACCGCGGAGGAUAAGGAUAUCCAGCUGCUGCACACCGGAUUGUACCCGGGUACCGAGGAUGAGCCAGCCACUGCGUUCACGUUGACGAUGCUGGAUGACUUCCUCCUAUCGCAGUGCGAGGGUCGGAUGUCUGCCCAAGGAUAUGUCCAGAAGUUGCGGAGGAUGGCCAACCCAGCGUUCCCUUAUCGAGUUUCGGAUGUCUAUAGACCAUUCCUGCGCGCCAUGCGUCAGUAUACGAACAUGAUCACGAGAGCUAAAGCAGGUGUCGCUCACAAGAUUCGGAGAGAUCAAGUCCGCAUAGCUAGACCGCCGGGAGAUCUGGCUUGGCGCUGCCCAGCAUGCCCCCAGCCGGGAUAUAACUUGCCUCCAGAAGACCAGAGAGACGCAGACCAUCCGUACCUUUACAUGCCCAUGUUCACGCACGACGGUUGCUUCAAGUUGAACAACCAGCGUACCCGCAAUCCCGACGCUGACGUGCGCCUCAGCGAUGGCGAGUGCAUGCUCGUCGGGAGCAGGCAAUACCAGACGCACCUCAAAGUGACCAAGGAGCCCGCCAAUAGGAAAUCCUGUCAGAAUCACCGGGCGGUUGCCAGCAGUCGAUCGAGAGAUCGCAACUUAGCUGCCAGUGGAGUGGGCACAUACGCCUGUGCCCGUCAUGAAGGGUUGUCUGCAGAAACGCACAAGAUCCUCAUCGCCUACGACAUCAUGUGUGAGUAUAUCGUCAACCUCAAGACGCGCCUAACCGAAGGACCCUACCUUACCAACCGUGCGAUCGACAUUGAGGCCGCUGUGGGCAAGUUCCAUCUCGGCGCACACAUCCGAGAGUGCUUCGCCAAAUUCUCCCCCAACUUCAUCAAGGGAGCCGGCCAGCUGGACGGCGAGAUCCUGGAAACGCUCUGGGCAACCCUAGAGAAGCUGGCCUCCAAUACAAGGAGCAUGUCACCCGCUCAUAGGCAGGAAGUUCUUGAUCUGCUCAUGAACGACAUGAACUGGAAGAAGAUCAUUCAACUAGGUGGGCGACAAACGGCCGCAGUGAAUGAUUGA